GUUACUUUUUAAAGGAGUAAUCAGUAAUCAGAUUACUUUUUCAAGGAAAUAUCAAGAGCUUUUGAGUACUGAGUACAAUAUAAACAACCACACACAGCCACAGUUGGAUGACGGCGAGCAUCGGCAGUGUUUGGAGUCGCGGAUAUAUUGUGGUACUGCUCAGCUAAGCUGUUCUUAUGAAAGUCGAGUGAAAGCUGAACGAGCUGAAUAAUGUCCACGUCGUCUUUGGAUAAAGAACUCCAGGAGAGAUUAAGAGAGGCGAGUGCUAUCGGAGACCUGGAUGAAGUGCGGACGCUGGUGGAGAGCGGAGUAAACAUCAACUCCCAAAAUGAAAUCAAUGGCUGGACCUGCUUACACUGGGCAUGCAAGAGAAACCACAAACACAUCGUGGCAUAUCUACUGAACUCCGGUGCUGACAAAGAAAUUCUCACUGCGAAAGAUGAGUUAGCUGCUCAGCUGACGUCCAAACCUGAGAUUAAAAGAUUGCUCGGAGUGGAGGUGGAAGAUGAGCCUGAGGUGAAGGAAGCAGAGCUGCCGAUAAUUCCAAACUAUCUCUCCAACCCACCUUUCCUGUUUGGCAAGAUGAAUAAAAACGACCUGAGCGUAGCACAACACAUUUCCCAGAAUGGCACCAGCGACCAUUCGGAGGCUGCACAGUCAGAGCCGGCAACUUUGUCCCCCACACAGGAGCAGCAACCACAACAGCGCCUUUACUCAGACAGCCAAAGCCAGCAAUCGCUGUCGUACGUGCCUGUGGUGGAGUCAAACAGCCAUCUUAAUGGGUCCCUGUCCAUGGACGUGUCCUCGGAGGUGCACCACAACAACCACAACGAAUACAACCACAAUCAUUCUAUUGCUCAGAACGGCCCCGUUUGCCCCACACUUCCCUCCGCAAGUGCAGGAUCCAACCCUACGAUCACGCGACAGCAGUCCCUUCCUCAGCAGAUAAACUGCUCACAGCCUGGGGGCUCUAUGCCAGCCUUCCAGCCCUUCUUCUUUACCAGCACCUUUCCUGUGAAUGUGCGCGAGCUGGUUCUGAAAGUGCGCAUCCAGAACCCACAUGCCAGAGAGAACGAUUUUAUCGAGGUGGAGCUGGACAGGCAGGAGCUGACAUAUCGUGCGCUGUUGCGCGUCUGCUGCCGCGAGCUGGAUAUAAGUGCCGAGCACGUGGAGAAAAUCCGCAAGCUCCCAAACACUAUGCUCAGAAAGGACAAAGAUGUGGCUCGGCUGCAGGAUUUCCAGGAACUGGAGGUGGUGUUGGAGAAAGCAGAAGGUUUGUCUCUGUUCUCUGGAGGCCCGGGAGGACUGACCGACAGACCCUGCUACAACAUGAAGGCCUCAAGACUGACCUAUUAGCUCCUGCAUCCAAACAAGGCAAACUAAUGUGCUGCCCUGUCUGUGAUUCUUGCCCACAAUGUCCAAAUCGUACCUAGGUUCAGUUGCCCAUUUGUUAGCCAUAUGCCUUUGCAUGAGACCUCCAGCCGUUCAGAAAACCACCAGGCUGUCUUCUCUAAUGCUGGUUAGGGUUUUUUUAGGUUUGAGAAAUAUACAAUUUUACCUUUUCUUGUCUUUAAAAAGUCGCUGUUUUUGAAUAUUCAAAUGUGUCCUCAUGCCAUCAUGGUAUAUUCAAAUCGGUCACCUUCCAUGCCAUUGGCUGUGUGAAGUAGUCAGAGCUGACUCACUGCUGUGUUUGCUUAAGAGGCCACUGUGUGGUUUUAUACACAGCUCACAGGGAGAGAGAAAACCUGUACCAGCACUUCUUAUUGUCCAUUUUGGUCACUCAGUGCCUGCAUGUGUGUGUAUAGGCGCAGUUUUCCAACUAGUGGUUGAUUAACUUUGCACAGGCAAAGCACAGAGCAAUGCAGCUCAAUUGGAAACAUCAUUUUAAGGUAAAGCUUAGUGAAGGAGCCACUGUAGUUUUAUUCAAGUUUACUAAAACUGAGCAGUUUGGAAUGAAUGCUUAUGGAUUUAUUUCGUCUGCAGUUGCAAGGCAAUUUCCUGCGCACUAAGAAGUGCAUACGAUAUAGAGGGCUUUUUCUUUUCUUUUCUUUUUUUAAUACAUGAGUAGUGUGUGUUUAAGUGCCAUUACUGCUCCUUCUAUCACAGCAAACCAAAAACUAGUAAAAUUGUUGGGCAAAGCUGUUAAAAACACAAUCUUUCAAGCAUAAUAACCCUUGUUUUUUCUGCACUAAAUGUAGCAAAGUUGCAUUUAUUUAAUUUUAUUUUAUUUAAAUUUAGUUUUUAAUCCAGUUUUUAGAUGAACAAAAUGUGUACAGGAGUUAAUGUACAGGAUUUAAAGUGAGCUUCCAAAAACACUAAUUCUCCUUUUCUAAGUUUGGAUAUUGCUAAAGUGAACUUGGUUCUCUGGACCUAAUUGCAGCAUGGUUUUAAAAUUCCCACGCAUGAUUUAUACACUAAGGCCAAAACAAUGUGGACACUUAACACUUCAUUAUAAGCUAGUUGGACAUCAUAUUAAUCUCCACCUUUUUGUGCCUAUAACAGCCUCCACUCCUCUGGAAAGGCUUUUCAAAAGAUUAAGUAUGUCUGUGGGAAACGGUGCCCAGUCAGCCAGAAGAAAAGAAGGUCGGGCAUUGAUGUAGGAUUGGAAGGUCUGGCUCGAUUGCUGUUUCUGUUGACCUCAAAGGUGUUCAAUAUGGUUUUAUGCCUCCCAGAAACUAGUGCUACAGUGAUGAAAGCAUAACUUGCUGGAAAUUUCAUUUAUUUUAUUUUUUGAUUUUCUAUUUCUAACCACCCACUGCUUAUUUUCACCUGUCAGUGGGUGGUGUUACUCACCACCAUCCUUUUUUUCUAUUUUAUUUAUGCAUUUUCUCCUAUUUUCUCCCCAAUUUAGCAUAGUCAGUUGAUCUAUCCUGAUUGCAGUCGAGGUGGGUAUAUUGCUGCUCACACCUCCUCCGACCUGCGCGCAGUGCUUAGCAGAACCCUUUUUCACCCAUGCACUCUGCACAGGCACCUCUAUAUCUGCACAUCUACACACCUGGCCGCCACUCACCGCCGCGACAAGGCAUCCCUGCUUGACCGUUGUUCCUCCCAGUUACAGACUCACAGCCCGUCAUGUGUCCAUGUUGCCUCCCGGCUGGUCGAUAACACAGUUGAGAUCAGUGUUCAGUUGGGAAUAAUUACAAGUGGAGUUUGCAUUAUUUUGGCCUUAUUGUGAAGUUUAUAUGUAUCACUUAUAUGACGAUCUUUACUCCUAGUUUUUGACAUAAUUUGCAGUGGUUUACUUUGUUUCAGUUAAAUAUAAAUGCAGCACAAAACAAACACAACGACUUCAUGUAUAAUGAAUUUUUUGCUAACAUUUUAACUUGUCAGUUGUAAAGAGGUAUAAACUGAUAUUCAGAAUUGCAUAAAGGAAAUAGCUGCUGCGUAGAUUUUACUGUGAGAGAAACACUAACUAUAAGCUAGCUACAAUUCUUUUUUUCUUGUCUGUGUCAAUAUAACAACAUACUUAAACUGUUUAACCCAAACCAUCUACAUACUGUACUGCUUUACCGUAUGAAUUUAUUUAACAAAUGAUUUGUCUUAGCUCUGCCCAUUGUGCUUAAUAGAAGACAAAAGAGACGAGAGAUCGUACAGCUGAGAUGAAACCAAGCACACGUCUUUCUGACUGUAUCCACUGUAUCCUGUUUCUGUCCUUGUUAAAAUGCUGGUUCUUUACAUGGUGCUUGGUCGAGAAAGCUGGGCAGUCUUUCUAAAUGGCUGUAGACUGAUGUGUGAGGUAUUGUGAUGGGAGGAUUUUUCUCUGGAAAACUCUCAGCAGUGUACUGGUCAUACUAACUGGUCAUGUUCUAGAGGGUAAAUACAGUUUGACUUAACCUAUGCAUC